AUGCUGAAUAACUUCGUUAUGUUGGACACGCGGCUUUUCAACGGCCGGGAAGGUUUGCUGACAGGCCUGAAGAAGCACCUGGUUGAUGUCAAUUUUCUGCGUAGGGGAGCUGGCAGCGCUCUGCUCUACCCUUUCGGCAACCGCAUCACGCAGCUUCUGCGCCAUCGUAUUGUGACAGCGCGCUGCCUCGUCCAAUCCCGUUUUAUCAAGGGGUAUGGCUGCAGCCUUGCGCGCAGGCAGCAAAAAGUGAUUCAUGACUCUGAGGUUGGCCUCGAGUCCGAAGUGUCCAAUGUGAAGCCGCCAUGUGCCUAUGGGCGGUUUGGCGACUCUGACUCGUUUCGCUUGGGCAUCCGCUGUAGUGGCAUCAGCUCCUGUGUGAAAAGGUGUGUUGCAAGUGGACCUACCUACGUGUGGCACGGCUGGCUUGACCUCGGCCUGAAAGUCACCAGCAAUCACCAGCGUGGCACGCAAAGGGAUACCGGCAACUGCGCGACCCAGUUUGCUGAGAAGGGCCUGUCUUUUGUCACGCAGGACAGUCGGGUUGACUGUGAAGUUGUGCGGAAAUUGGUAGCAAUUGAAGAGCUCAACCCUACCCUGGGGAGUCUGAAGUUGUGUGCGAAGAAUGCGACCCGGCUGGAUCUCUUCAUGGCGAAUGGUGUCAGCCCUGUGGCGUGGAUGUAUCAAGGUGAGAACACCGUCCGCUCGGGCCUUUGUGCCAGAGUGUAUGGCUCGCCAGCCCUGGACAACAAAUUCUGA